GAAGAAGUGGAAAGUGCUGGAGUUUUUUCAUACAUGAAGGUAGGAUUUAAGAAAUUUUAGCACAUAUUUCUUCUUUGAGUGUAAUUAACUAUUUGCAUUACCCAUGCAGCUCCCUUCAGAACCAAAGCAGUUUCUAGCAGGUAACUUUGUCCCUUGAGAGCAAGACUGUUGAUCCAUAACUUUGAUAUAUUUAGUUUAAUCUAUUUAGCAGUAAAAAAAAAAUUGCGCUGAAAACUUGCACACUCUUGGUUUAUAAGGCAAAGUAAUUCUAAUGCAUUUUACACACAAUCAGCGGCUGAUUUUGAGAUAGGAAAAGUAAUUCUUGCUUUCGAGGGAUGUCAGUGAAUUUUAAUAACAUUUUCACAACCAACAGAUCAUUAGCACAUUGCUCUCCACAUUCUUCAUCACACUUUUAAGACCCUGCCAAGCUGACUUUGUCAUCCAAAAUCAUAUAUCUAUUAUAUAGAUUCCACACUCAAUUUUUUUUUUUUUUUUUAAGUUUCUGAAAAUAGUUUCCUAGAAGUAGAACUAUGUAUUUAAAUUUUCAUCUUAGAACUGUAGCUAUAUGAGGUUUUAUUUUUACCUAUUGUAAUAUUGACAUUGAAUUAAAAUAUGUCUUUAUUUUGAUUUCUACUUUUCUUUCACAGAGCAAAAUGUUGAGUCUCUUACAUGGAGAGAGUUACUCAAAAUCUCUGGUCCCCACUGGAGAGUGCAUCCAGCAAAUACAGGCUCUCAAGACAGGGAUGUGCAAGACCUUCCAGUUGUCGCAAGGUAUCCUCAGUAUUAAUUAUUUUGAAUUACCCAUUUUUCAAUAUUUCACCUUUUCCAGCUAAAAAAAGAAAUUUAAACUAUUUCCAAAAGGUAUCUAAGUUACUGAAACAUGUUGAUCAAACCUGCGAAUGGCCAUUCUUGGUAUUUUCAAAAAAGGGUUUUGUACCUAAAGUUCAUUCUUAUUUUUGAUUGAAUGAAAACAGUCUCUUUCAGACAAAACAUGUCACGAUUUAAGAUCUCCAGAAAUGUCAAAUAAUUCAAUUAUAAUAUCCCAAAAAUAAUCAACCUCCUUGUAAAGUCUUAUAUUAUAGACGCAAGCUGUUGCAUAAAUAAAAAUUGUGAAUCAUAAUCUUUUCUUUUAAGAGUAUUUACUUUUGCAGCUUUCUUUACUUGCAUGUUUCUACAGGGUUUUAAAAUAUUUUCAGUUCAUUAGUGAAAUACAAUAUAGCUUGUCGAUGAAUGUGAAUUUUUAUAUGGCAUUUUCAGAACUUAAGGGUAACACGAGACAGUCUGCCAGAUUGGCAGCUAAGAGACGAACUGAACUAACAAAGAAGGAAGCAACCCAAAAUUCAACAGCUACAAAUGUAUCAAAUUCACCAAACAUUCCCAAUGCCAGCACCUCAUCUGUUGCAGGGAACAGCACAUUAGAGUUGGAUUCAGAAAAGCCAGAGACCAAUAUUGCGAAAACCGGUGAAACUGCCACUCCAGUGUGUCUGAAAUCUUCUCAACCCCCUCCCCCUCCACCUCUUCCCUCCCAUGUGACUGAGUCAGUAUUUCCCAAGUCUGUCCAACCCGGUGAGAGCUUAACCCUGGGGCUCCCUCAUCCUCUUCAAAGUAUCACCAACACCACACCAUCACAUCUGAAGCGUUGCAGUCCACGAGUCAACUCUGCCACCGCUAGAAAAAAUGGCACAAUCUGUGGUAGUGCCACAAGUCUUACGUCUUCAUUCUCUGGCUCUGUCCACUCAGUGGAUGGCCCAGUAAGUGUAUUUAUGAUAUGUUAUACUUAUCACUUGAUUGGUAUUGUGGUUUGGGGACUAUUAUUUGAUGGAAGGAUGCUCACUUGGAAUCAUGUUUUAUGGAAGGAGGUGGGCCGAGGUAUAACUUAAACUAAAUUUGUAUGCUUGCUAAGAGAUUAAAGUUAUUUUGUUCUAAUUAUUUUGUUUCCAGUAGUUGGGACUGUGUCUUACUGGCCGUGCCACCCAGCUAAUCACAUUGAGAUUGCAUUCUCAUUUUAUUUUUUCUUUGCAGUUUUUAACACCAAUGCUAACAACAAGAAUGCUGAAGGCACAUAAACGCUCACAGUAAGUAUGGCGUACAUACUCUUGUGAUAAUAGCUUAAUUAGUGGCUAGUGAAGAAAUAUUCAUAAUUUACUAACUUCUAAGAAUUCAUAAAGCUUUAAUUGUUAAUUAUUGCUUAAAUCAUGACAUAAAAGCAUAUUCAAAUAAUUUUUUUAUCUGCUUAAUAUUUUUUAAUGUUGUUUUUUGGGGGUUUUUUAAAUUACCAAAUAUGCAUGGUCAAAAUGAGGUACAGUAGAACCCGGUUAUGUCGACGGCCUCGGGUUUUGUCAAAAAACGUUGAGAUAGCUGAUGAUUGUGAUAAAUAAAAAAAACAAUAUGGCAGCAUUGUAUUAUCAUUUGCUUGAAAUUUCUUUAUGUACAAGAUAUGUAUUUAUAAAUGAGAUCUACAAGCACAAGCACAUGUUUUUGAAGAGUUUUUUUUUUUUUACACAACAGCCUUACAGCGAUUCGUUAUAUGAAGCUAUAGGCAUGCUAUAAAACAUACAUUUUUGCUAACACUAGGCAUAUGUGGGGUGCCACUUUUCCGGAUUUGCUAGGCUAAAUAUUUUUCAGCUCUGGAUUCGUGAGUUUUUAUUUUCUCUCGCUCCGGAUUCGCCAGUUCAGUUUAAUCAAAUACGGAUUCUGGGUUUUUUUAAAAAAUCAACCUGUAAGAAUGCAUGAAAGCCUAUUAAGUAUUAAACGACAAGCGGGUUCACUAUAAAUAGAAUAGGUACUGCGACCCUUCUCUUUUGUUUGCACGCCGCUCGCUUCUUGCUCCGUCAAGUUAAUUGCGCGGCCAACAAUAUUGUCAUUUCAUUUCAAUUACUACAGUUUGAAGUAGGAAUGUUUCUGUUGUAUAUAAUUUUCAAAAGCCGGUGAUUGGUCAUGGGGAUUGAGACAAUCAAGGUUAAUUUGCAAAUUUUGCUGCAUUUUGUGCUCGAGAUAUCAGGUUUCGGCGACAUAAAAGAAUCGACAUAACCCAAGAGAAAAUGCUACGGCAAAGAGAGAAUUUGGGGUUUCCGCUUCAAUUAAUACAUUUAAUGAUGCAAUGUACUUGUUUGCUUUCAGUUCCAACAGUUCUAUUGAGUCACAAUCUACUCCACUCUCUGUGCCUUGUUUUCAAGCAGAGCUCACUUCCUCCAACCCCAUAGCACGCCUCAGGGCUACACAAAUAAAUAGGUAAAUAACUUUGCAAAGUAAUUUAUUGUUAUGGGGAAAUGAAUAAGCUACCUGAGCCGUCAAUCACCAUGUACCUGUACUUACAUCUGAUUUCUGGAAAAUACAACAGUAAUUCUUAAUUCCAAAAACAAUGAUUUGGAAUUUAUUUAUAUUGUGCUUUUUAAUUACUCAUUUUUCCCUCUAAAUUGUUACUUAGAACAUUAGAACGCAUGUUUAAGUUACAUGCAGAUUCUGUAAUUGCACAGAUCAUGAAAUGUGCAUUUAAGACUAGAACAACUGAUCAUACUGUAAAUGAAUAUUCUCUUUAAAGUUCAGUUAUUUUAACUAGGGUCCAUUCAUGCUGUUCAGUGUUUUAAAAAUUCAUGCAUUUCCUUGUCUGUGCCAUUACAUGUAUGUAGAUAAAAUAGUUUUUCAGAUUAUACUCUAAAAAAAUUUUUUAUAGCAUAGUAUAAUUCAAACAGCUAAAGAUAAAUAGCUCUUGUGUAUUUGAAAAUUGUUUUUAAAAUUUUCAAGAAACACAGUUUUGUUGGAACUAAAAAAUAUGUUUCAGCUCUGAUAAUUUAAUUCUUGUUCUAGUAUAAAAUGAAUAUUUGUUUCAAUAAGAGAAUUUGUGUACCUUAUUUUACCUAUUUAAAUGGAUUUCUUGGAUUCAAAACACAUGCUUUUAUUUUCUGGACAGAUCUCCAGGUGGAACCCCAGUGAGAUCCAAGUCUGCCAUGGAGCCAUCUGAACCGCUUCAUAAAGCUCUAUUUACAGCCAUGAAGUCUAAAUUUAAGAAUGUUAAAACACCAAGUCCAAAGAGUGGAAAUUCUUCGCGCAAUAAUUCUGCUUUAAACUCAACAUUUUCUCCUUGAGGCCAUCAUAUCUCUUAUUGUUGUAGGCAGCUAAUAGUUCUAUUGGUUGUUUGGUGCCUUUUUUUUACAUUUGACAGCACAAAUCAUUGAUGUUGUAACUGCUCAC